UGGAGAGAAGAGCAGCAGAGCUGCAGGGCUGCUCUAACACAUUGUGCUCCAGAUUACCUGCCUUCCAUCUGAGCUGAUACAAGGGAUCGGCAGGGUUAAACUCCCUCUCCCUUUAUUGCUGGAACCUCUUUGAUACAUGUGUAGCAGAUGAAGUGAAUUCCUCUGUGUGGGAGAGCUGCCUGUCACCUCACUCUGCCUGUGAGGAGAGCUUGAAGCAGCAGAAAUAAGCAGACAAGGAAGAAGCCAUGAGAGAAUACAAAGUAGUUGUUCUGGGAUCAGGCGGGGUGGGGAAAUCAGCACUGACUGUACAGUUUGUCACUGGAUCUUUCAUAGAGAAAUAUGACCCCACCAUAGAAGACUUCUACAGGAAGGAGAUCGAAGUGGACUCCUCGCCCUCGGUGCUGGAGAUACUGGACACUGCAGGCACAGAGCAGUUUGCCUCUAUGAGAGAUUUGUACAUUAAGAAUGGACAAGGCUUUAUACUGGUUUACAGCCUGGUGAAUCAACAGAGCUUCCAGGACAUCAAGCCCAUGAGAGAUCAGAUCAUCAGGGUGAAAAGGUAUGAAAAAGUGCCCAUGAUCCUGGUGGGCAACAAGGUAGAUCUGGAAGGGGAAAGGGAAGUUUCCUAUGGAGAAGGCAAAGCCUUGGCUGAUGAGUGGAACUGCCCCUUUUUGGAGACUUCAGCCAAACAUAAAGCCUCUGUGGAUGAACUGUUUGCAGAGAUUGUUAGACAGAUGAACUAUGCUUCCCAGCCCAAUGGGAAUGAUCAGUGCUGCUCCUCUUGUGUCAUUCUCUGAGAAACCAUUCCCUUGUUUACAAAUGCACUAUUUGACUUGUAACAUGAUUGGAAACAACUUUGCAUACAGUGAUUGCGUUUUACAGUUCCAAAAGGGUGUGUUUGCCCUGAGAUAUCAAUCUGAAGAAAGUGGCUUUCGUUUAUGUGCUCUUAUAUUAUUUUUUUUUUUUUUUUUUUUUUUAAGGAAUGCACAUACCACCCUGACCCUGGAGAGUUCAGAACAAACCCGUUUUGGAGUAGUCUGUCUGUUGAAAGUAGGAGGAAGAGGGAUGGAGUUUAUUAUACAUUUGUCCUGACUGGUCUUUUUAAAAUGCACAUUUGGAAGAGUGCAACAUGAGGCCCAGCCCCAAUCCAGGCCCACUGGAAACUCCUAAGACCUAGUGUGUUUACCUACUGACUGUCAUUUUAGGUCCUGGGUGGUAAUCCUUGGCGCCCACAUGUUUGGGAACUGCAUUUACACGCCCAUUAGGCACAGCCAGCAAUGGCGAUCAUCAAGAAAAAAAAAACCACACAGUUCACAAACAUCUGGGGUUGCCAAGGUUACUCAGCACUGUUUGGUAUUUCUAUGCAAAGUUGGAUUAUUGUUACAAAGUAUCCAUUCAUACGUAUUGCACAUAUAAACGAUGCCAACUCAGUACGAGUGCCAACUGUGUGUGGUACCCUGCGGAUAUUGUGUGUGUAUGUGUGUGGGACGGGGGAAAUCUAUUUUGUUUACCUGCUGUAUCAAAUGGGAAUUUUGGGGGAAGAUAUGUAGUAUUUUUAUCUUAUGAGCUGUGAAAAUGUUACUGAUUAUUUUUUGUUUUGCUGGCAAUAAUUGAUUUGUGAUGCCUAGUUAUUUAAUAUUCAGUGAAAUGACUUUAAAUGUAUGCCAGGGCCACCAGCACCCUGUGUCCUUAGAGUGCCUUCAAAACUCAGCUGUUGCAGCCGUGCCAACCUGUGAAAAUCUCUACAAAAUCCCAUUAUCCAAUAUUCAGCAAACUACUUAACAGUUUCCUUACAGUAAUCACACUGAACAAGCAUGGACAAAGGGAUGUAUUGUCCCCAGAACCUAUUUCUGAGCCUGUAAAUGUAAUUUCCAUGUUUUUUUUUAUAUUGGAGGAGGGGUGGGGGCUUGAGUAACCCUUUCAGGUUUGCCAACCCCUCCCUGGAAGGAGAAGUGUAAGCAAACAGGAAGUUUAUUUUAUUUUUAUUUAAAUAAAUUUUAAAUUCAUUUUAAUUAUUUUUUUUCCAUUUCAUGGUUUUAAUUUUGCCAGCCAUGGUUUAACAUUGCAAAAUGACAGAUCUUUAACACUUGUGAAGUACUAAGAAUAUUAACCAUUGUAAUUUGAUUUCUCAGGGCAUGCUCCUAAAGGCAUGUCUUUUUUUUUCUUGGUUUUUAAAAUCUAUUGAAUACAAAAAUAUGUGACAU